AGCCGCGGCCCUUGGCGUUGUUUAUUUCUCCUCGGAAAGCGGAAGCGCCGGGGAACCGGAAGUGGUUCCUCUUCACCCGGAAGCAGUUUCCUGCAGAUGCCGGAAUCGGACGCCUCGGCGAACGGAGAGCGCCCAAGAUGGCGGAGGUGGUGGAAGUGACCGAGGGCUGCCACCUCCCGGUUCUGCGCCGUAACCAGGAAAACGAGGACGAGUGGCCACUGGCUGAAAUCCUCAGUGUCAAAGACAUCAGUGGUCGGAAGCUCUUCUACGUACACUACAUUGACUUUAACAAGCGUCUGGAUGAAUGGGUGACACACGACCGCCUGGACCUGAAGAAGAUCCAGUUCCCCAAAAAGGAGGCCAAGACCCCCACCAAGAAUGGCUUGCCCGGCUCGCGGCCCAGCUCCCCCGAACGUGAAGUGAGGAAGACCUUGGAUCUGUCUCUACAGCCAGCCGCAACUCCAUCCAGCGGUAAAACCCUGCCCAUCCCGGUGCAGAUAACCCUCCGUUUUAACCUACCUAAAGAGAGGGAGGCCGUCCCGGGCUCGCCCGACCAACCCCUCUCCUCCAGCUCCUGCGUCCAGCCAAACCAUCGCUCAACGAAGCGGAAGGUGGAGGUGGUUUCGCCGGCAACCCCCAUCCCGAUGCCAGCGGAGACGACGCAGGCGUCGGUGUUCCCCCAGAAUGGUUCUGCCCGACGAGCAGUGGCUGCCCAGCCUGGCAGGAAGAGGAAAUCCAACUGCCUCGGUACGGAUGAGGACUCCCAGGACAGCUCCGACGGCAUCCCCUCGGCCCCGCGCAUGACAGGCAGUCUCGUAUCGGACCGCAGCCACGACGACAUCAUCACCCGCAUGAAAAACAUUGAGUGCAUUGAACUUGGCCGUCACCGCCUGAAGCCCUGGUACUUCUCGCCCUACCCUCAGGAGCUAACCACCCUCCCCGUCCUCUAUCUCUGCGAGUUCUGCCUUAAGUAUGUCAAGAGCCUGAAAUGUCUCCAGAGGCACCUGACCAAAUGUGACCUGCGGCAUCCGCCGGGGAACGAAAUCUAUCGCAAGGGGACCAUCUCGUUCUUCGAGAUCGACGGGCGGAAGAACAAGAGCUACUCGCAGAACCUCUGCCUGCUGGCGAAAUGCUUCCUGGACCACAAGACCCUCUACUACGACACAGACCCCUUCCUCUUCUACGUCAUGACGGAGUACGACAGCAAAGGCUUCCACAUCGUGGGCUACUUCUCCAAGGAGAAGGAGUCUACCGAGGACUACAACGUAGCCUGUAUCCUGACCCUGCCCCCCUACCAGAGACGAGGCUAUGGCAAGUUGCUGAUUGAAUUCAGCUACGAGUUGUCCAAGGUGGAAGGGAAGACGGGCACCCCGGAGAAGCCCCUCUCGGAUCUGGGCCUCCUGUCUUACCGCAGCUACUGGUCCCAGACCAUCCUCGAGAUCCUCAUGAACCUCAAGUCGGAGACCGGGGAGCGUCCCCAGAUCACCAUCAAUGAGAUCAGUGAGAUCACAAGCAUCAAGAAAGAGGAUGUCAUCUCCACGCUGCAAUACCUCAACCUUAUCAACUACUACAAGGGCCAAUACAUCCUGACACUCUCCGAGGACAUUGUGGACGGCCACGAGCGCGCCAUGCUGAAGCGGAUCCUGCGCAUCGACUCCAAGUGUCUGCACUUCACCCCGAAGGACUGGAGCAAGCGGGGGAAGUGGUGAGGGCAGGGUCUGCCACUGGACUGGAACGUGGCAGGCCCUCCUUGCCGCCGGCCAGGGACAAGCAGGGGGGCCCAGCCGUCCCUCCGGAGCCGUCUUCCGCCCACUCCCCAAAGCAGGCGCCGUUGGCUGGACAGAGACCUUCCGGGGAGCGCAGAGCCACUCCGCCCCGGACCGCCUGUAUAUAGAACUCCGCGGCUCCGUUUCCGGGCAUCCUGUACAAAAGCGGGAACGGCAGCGACCGGCACUGCCGCCCGCCCUCCUGUUGCUUGAUGUUUUAGAAGUAUUCACUAACACUUGGCACCCAAGGUGUUGGAAGGGGGCCUUCUUCCCGAUGGUGCUGGUGAGGGCGGCAGAGAAACCGGACAGCCACCCUCUCUCGAUGACAUUGCGCUCGCGGCUGCCCUGAAAAAGUACAGCACUUCUCCGGGCCAGAGGGGGCCGCCCGAGUUGCUAGCUGGGGCCCGCGGGGUGGGUGGGGUGGGGAACUUCCAGAACCACAUUGGGCCGAGAACGCUGAGGAAUGGAAGACAUCUGUCGGUGCCCUUAGCCACUGUGUCAAAGUGGCAUUCAGUGCUGCUAAGGUGCGGAGAGAGAGAGUCUCGUUCCCCUGCCGCAGGUGACGAGAGUUCGAGGUCAGCACCCAGCGGGGCCGUCUCUCGGCCUCUGGGCCCGCGGAAAGCACCUUUCUGACCCAGAAGACGGACUUCGAAAACCCUCUCCCUUCGGUGAUCAGAAUAAAUUAAUGAGACUUUUUAAA